AGGCCCCGCCCAUUGCUCCGGACCAUGUGGUUCCCAUCGCUCCUGUUGCUGUGUUUUCGAAAGGGUGAGUGAGGAACAGCACUGCCGUGAGUCAAGUGGAUCGGAUGGGUGUUGUUAAUGUGCUGUUAUUUAGCCAUUAGACUAGUUUGUUGCUCUUAUAACGCUCUCCAUGGGCAACUGCAUGGUCACUGACAAGCGCUUUAGCUGCUUUGGUUCGGUGCUCAAAGUGAUUUGGGGAUUCAGUCCCAGUAACGGGUGCUCCUGACAGGUGCGCACAGUGCGCAGAGAAGAUGGGCAGACGUGAGGCACACAGCAGAGGCGCAAUGAACACAAGCGACCGCUCCGAGCUCGGUUGUCUGCGGAACGCGACAUCCAGCGGCCACCGUGCCGGUGAGGAGUCCCCGAGGCCGGGCAGCCGCCGUCCAUGCAGUGCGGAUAAGUGGCAGAGAAACUCAGACACGGAUGUGGUUUGCCCGGCUCCGACUACCACAGCGCCGAUGGAAGUGAAGAAACACCAGCACAAACACAACUUGAAACACCGCUACGAGGUGAUGGAGACUCUGGGGAAAGGCACCUAUGGCAAGGUGAAGAAGGCGGUAGAAAGAGCAAGCCUAAAGACGGUGGCGAUCAAGUCGAUGCGCAAAGAGCGCAUCACCGACGCCCUGGACAGAGUUCACAUCCAGAGAGAGGUUGAGAUCACUGCAUCGCUCAGGCACUCCAAUAUCAUACGCUUCUACGAGGUAUUUGAGAGCCGGGAUAAGAUUGUGAUAGUGAUGGAGUAUGCCAGCAGGGGAGAGCUGUACGAUUACAUCCAGGAGAGGGGGAGACUGCCUGAAACAGAAGCCAGAGGCAUCUUCCGACAAAUCACAUCUGCUGUCCACUUCUGCCACAAGAACGGUGUUGUGCAUCGAGACCUCAAGCUGGAGAACAUCCUUUUAGAUCAAGAGUUUAAUGUUAAGCUGGCGGACUUCGGUCUUUCCAAUCAUUUCCAGAGGGGCACUCUGCUGCAGACGUACUGUGGAAGUCCGCUCUAUGCUGCCCCUGAGAUAGUGAAAGGACUGCCCUACCAUGGGCCAGAGGUGGACUGCUGGGCCCUGGGGGUGUUGCUGUAUGCCCUGGUGUACAGCAGCAUGCCAUUCGAUGGGGCCAGCCUCACCACACUCACAGAGCAGAUCAGCAAAGGUCGCUACCGCAGACCCAACCCCCCCUCAGACGCCUGUGCUCUUAUCGACUGGUUGUUGGCAGUGUGUGUGGACGAGAGGGCUACGAUAGAGGACGUGGCCAACCACUGGUGGGUGAACUGGGGUUUUGAAGAGAGUGUGUGUGACUGCCCUUCAUCUCCACACCAAGAAUGCCCCUCCCCCCUGCUGGCUCGCUACAUUGAUUGGCAGAACCGGGUCGCAGCUACCAGCAGCAUGGCCGUUGACCCAGGGUGCUUAUCCUCGGAUUCCUCUCGCCCAGCCCAGCUCUCUCCUCACUCCUUUUACUUCAGCUUCCCUCUGAAGAGCGAUCAUGCAGGAGGUGGAGGAGUAGGAGGAGGAGGGGCCCGUGGAGGAAUGUCAAGUCUGAGGAAGUCACGCAAGGAGAAUACAAUUCCCCAGACUGCACUGGGAGCUUGUGGUGGUGCCUCCUCUGCUGCGAUUUCCUCCCCUUCCACCAUUGAAAGAAAGAAACCCAAAGGCAUUCUGAAACCCCAGAGGAGUUUUGACUUCGUCUUUCACAGCCCUCCCAAAGAAAACUCUUCCUCCCAAUCGUGUAACGCUGCUCCCCAGCCUUUUCGAACACAUACACUUACCCACACACAUGCUGAUGUCCUGUCCAGCAGCCUGCCGGCUCCCUCUACAUUCAGUCAGCCCUCAUCAAAAAUGCCCAAGAAGGGAAUACUGAAGAACUUGUAUGGAGGGGAGUCGGGUUGUGUCUCAUCUUUAGACAGAAGGAAUCCUGAAGCAGAAGUUAAAGAGGGUGGUGAUGUAGGUGAUUUGUGCUCCAACAAACCUCACACUUGUCUCCCAGCGGCAGAAGACAGCCCCACCAUGCGUACAGAGGCGGUAAGAAGAAGGAAGGGGAUUCUGAAACGUAACGGCAAGUUCUCGCGCAGUCUGGAUCUUCCUGAUGACCACUGCUCAGGCCACACAAUAUUCCCCGAGGUUCUGCAGCAGUUCCUCCAGGCAAAAGGGGACGCCGAGGGGCAUCCCAGUCGCCCCUCCAGUGUGGUGAGCGAGGAUAGCCUCUUCUCCUCCGAUUCUUUUGACCUACUAGACCUCAGCACCCAGUCGAGGCGCAGGAUCUUUUGCCGGGCGAUGCAGCACAGCGCCUUCAGCUCUGAGGAGGACCUGGAGCAGCUGAGAGCUGAGGCAGAUAGAGUUGGUGAAGAUGGAGAAGGACAGAAGGAAAUGCUCACAUAAAUCUAAGGAACAAUGGAAACAUUAGUGUGAUGAAGAACUGGGUUGAUUAAACACCAGUUUUUUGUUUCACUUUUCUGUAACAAUCAGUGCCUGUCAUCUUGAAAAGACUUUAAUAAACUCUGGAAUGGUUGUAUCUUGAGAACAAGGACUACCAUGCAUUAUACUGUCAAUGCUAGGAAACAUUUUUAGGCAUAUUUGUCCGUAUUGAAUGAUAAAUUAAACUUGUUCUUGCCAUUUCAGUUAUAUUCUAAAUGUGAGGCAAUGCAAAAAGUGACACCUAAAGGGGAUCCAGUGUCUGUCAAAGAGCAGAGAUGGGACCUGAAUGUGGAAUAAUGGACUCUCUGUAUAAUGAACUCACUCUGAGUCACCUCACCUGUACCUGCAAUAGAUCCACUUUUUAGAUUUUACGGCAGAUUUCUGUUCAGGCGUAGGCAUGGGCCGGUAUGAGAUUCUGACGAUAUGAUAAUAACCUUCAUCAAAAAAUAUCAUGGUUUUACGUUAUUUGGGUAUUUUAAUUACAGCUCUUCAUGUAUUAUUUUUUUUAAAUGUCUGGUAAAAAACUAAAACUUUUUUUUACAUUGGACACAAUGUAUUUCAUUUUGAAACAUACUGCACACUGGCAGGGAGAGGGAUUUCUAAACUGUUUAGAAAAAAACAGCACAUACUGUACCUGAGGAACGGUAUGAUACAUUUUAGUGGUUUUGAAACUGUGACUUUUUCAAACCGUGGUAUACCUUGAAACCAGUAACCAGCUCAUGCCUAUUCAGAUCCUUGAAAAUCUGAGUCGGGAUGCUGAAAUAGAAAUAGAAAUUGAAAUAUAACCAAGUACAAUCUUACAUAUGGGAAUCCGCUAUUAGUAUAGCGUAUAACUUAGCUGAGGUAGAAAAGUCGGUGUAUCGACAAAAGCUAAACGCAACUAAGUGUAAUAAAAACAGACUUUAUGAAUAAAUUAUGCCAUAGAUGAAGCAUGUGAGACAUAAACAUCAGAUCUGUGUGAACUGAUGUAAAGACUAACGUUUCUCAAACUAACACAUAAAAACAAACAUAGAUGACAGAUUGAAUUGCUUUCCACCGUUUGAGGUUUUGACUGGCAUUCUUCUAACUGCAUAAUCUUCUCGUGCCCUCUUCUUCUGCAAUGGUUUUGAUGGCACUUUUAACUGUUUAUCUUGAUGUUCUCAAUUCCUAAUAUUUACGUAAUGGGAUAAAAUGCACAUUAACUUAAUUUUGUUUUGCCAAUAUCCGGAAAUCUGGAAACGUUUGCGGUUAAGUUUACAUUUAACAAAUGGGUCAUAAGACACUAUCAUGUAGUUGCAAACAGAUAUAUGGACAUUAUCAUGUGUUUUUUUGCACACUAGAGGAGUUAUUUGUCUGACUAUAUAUUAAUAAAUGCCUAAAAUUGCAUGUAUGUGCUGUAAACCAUUUAUUAAAUGUGUAUGUACUGCUUAUAACUGCUAAAUAGGGGGAGUUUAAGUUAAGCAUAACAAAUUUCAUCACAUUAUUGAGUAUAUUUAUACAAAACAGUAAUGUACUCUGCACAUCUUUUGCACCAACAGACACAGUGUGAAUAGCAGAUGGAUCACAUUGCUUUUUAUCGU